UACCUCCAUUGAGGUACUUGGUUAGAGGGUCUACCACCAAGUGCAAGGCAAAUAAAGACUGAGUCAUAAAACCUGGAUAAUUAUUUUUGAUUUAUUUUACUUGAAAUGGAUUUGCAAAUACUUGGAUAAAUGAAUUAAUCUGUUUGAAUGAGCGAACGCAACCUGUUUCUUUUCAAUGAAGUGCAAGAAGUGUAAUUUACAGCAUUUCUCCAAGAAAAACGGAUCCUGAACUUUAUCUAUUUCAAGCGGCAGAGUCAUUCUUAUUCCUUUGCUGAUUCACUGUCGCUUCCAGGCACUUUCAAAGACCAAUUUCUACGGAUUCUCAAGUACCCAUAUUCUACGUUCCUUUGUUUUCUCGUGUAUUGAUCAUAUUACUAUUUUCUUUUUCUAUUUCAUCACUUCCGUCAAAUAGUUUUCUCGGAUUUUCGUUAAUAUUCAAUUUCUAUACUGGCAUUACUAGAUUUUCGAUACAACCAAGGAUGAGUAUACCAUCUACUAUAUACGGUUUGCUGGUAGAUGACUGGUCCCGUUGUCAGCAUUACCAUAGCGAAUUGGAUAUUGUAGCAUUGCGGUGCUUUGCAUGCAAAAGGUUUUACGCCUGUUUUACUUGUCAUAACAUCCUGGAGUCACAUCGUUUUGAGCCAUGGAAAGAAACACCAAAUCUGUUCCCUGUUCUCUGUGGAGCAUGUAAACAUAACCUGACAAGGGAUCAAUAUCAGCAAACCAGCAAUUGUCCAAAUUGCGAGCGUCCAUUCAACCCAAAUUGCCGAAAGCAUAAAAGCUAUUACUUUGCAUAAAACCUUACCAAGUUGGAAUGAAUGUACUGGAAAUGAUUUACAUCUAUCCAUUUUUUAUUAAAGGUUCAAAGCGCUACUAGAUCAUAAAAUGCAAGGCAAAUUCAUUGAAACCAAAGUGACGCUCAAUGUUCAUAAACCAUAGCACUGGACUUGUUGAACUUGUUUAUUCAAGUUUGUUUCCGUUACUUUUCGGUUACGUGGCAAAACAAUGUUAUAG